AUGUGGGAAUCGAUCCUUCUGACCCUGGCGGCCACCGCCGGUAAUAACAUCGGCAAGGUUCUUCAGAAGAAGGGCACUAUCAUCCUCCCUCCUCUCUCUUUGAAGCUCAAGGUGAUAAGGGCCUAUGCUUUAAACAAAGCGUGGGUCACUGGUUUUAUUAUGGACAUAGGUGGAGCAAUGUUGAUGCUGAAGGCUAUAUCUCAGGCCCCUGUAUCUGUAAUUCAACCAGUUUCAGGCUGUGGACUCGCUAUUCUUUGCAUCUUUUCUCAUUUCUAUUUGAAGGAAGUCAUGAAUGUGAUUGAUUGGGCUGGAAUAACAUUGGCCGGGAUUGGUACCCUAGGAGUUGGUGCUGGAGGUGAAGAGCAAGAGUCUUCUCCUGUAUCAGUAUUUCAGUUGCCAUGGUUGGCAGUAGUGGUUGCCUUGUUGUUUGUAGUGCUGAAUGGAUGGCUUCGGGUUUGCAGGCGACAACGAAGAGAACAAGAUACUAUGGAAUAUGAAGUGGUUGAAGAAAUUAUAUAUGGCCUGGAAUCCGGCAUUUUAUUUGGGAUCUCUUCUGUGAUAUCAAAGAUGGGAUUUGUCUUCUUGGAACAAGGGUUAUCCAGAUUGCUUGUUCCUGUAUGCAUCUCAAUCAGUGUGUGCUGCAGUGGGAUUGGAUUUUAUUAUCAGACAACUGGUCUAAAGCAUGGAAGAGCGAUUGUGGUGUCCACUUGUGCUGCUGUAGCAUCAAUAGUGACUGGUGUGCUAGCUGGAAUGCUUGCCUUGGGGGAGCGGUUACCUUCUGCCCCUGCUGCACGUCUUUCCCUUCUGCUUGGCUGGCUGCUUAUUGUAGUGGGUGUGCUGCUACUUGUGAGCUCCACAAGGUUGCUACGACACCUUCCGCGGCCGUUGCGGCGCUUUGUCAAAAGUGGCAUUGACAGAAACUUCACUCCUAGUCGAUCUACUUCUAUGCGUGCUAAGGAUUCAAAUCCAAGUGCCGUUAUCCAGGCAGCGACAUUGCAUCACUUGAUAUCAUCUUCAUCAAAGCAAAAAGCAUGA